UAUGACUGAAGGGGCCGAUCAGUUGUCGCCCAACCGUCGUUGCCAGCGCCAGUUUUAUCGAGCCGAAAAACUCAGAGAGAGUUAAAAUUCUGCAACAUGUCGCUUCUAACGGGCAGCGCAAAUGCGGUGAAGUACACCCUAUUUGGAUUUAAUCUGAUCUUUUUGAUCACUGGCAUUAUUCUAAUAGCAGUUGGUGCUGGAGUAGGCGCCGUAUACACUGGCUAUGAAAUCUUUUUGGCCAGCAAAUUCUUUUCGAUACCAACAUUUCUGAUUGUGAUUGGAGCGUUCAUCAUUGUGAUAACCUUCUUUGGCUGCUGGGGUGCGCUCAAGGAGAACUAUUGCCUGAUUCUGAGCUUCUCGGUGAUGCUGUUUAUCAUCUUCAUUCUGGAACUGGCUGCUGGUAUCAGUGGCUAUGUGCUGCGAACUGAUGCUGUCAGCUUGAUCAGAACCUCGCUGAGCGAAUCAAUGAGUAGCUACAAGAAUACAACAGAGAACCCAACCACCGUUCUGUGGGAUGAUGUGCAGCGCGAUUUCAAUUGCUGCGGCGUCGACAAUUCUACGGACUGGCACAAAGUGUUAAACAAUACCGAACUCCCCCUUUCGUGCUGUCAUAUACCCAUAGGAGCCAUAGGCACCUUUAGCUGCAUGGAUGACAUAAACAACGUGUUCCUCAACGGUAACAGAGGAUGCUUGUCCGGCUUUGCCGAUUACAUAGCCGCUCAUGCGGUCAGUUUGGGUGCUGCUGGCGUUGUCAUUGCCGUUUUACAAUUCUUUGGCGUCAUAUUUGCCUGCUAUAUAGCGCGAGAGAUUAAAAUACGCAAUGGCAUCUCAGGCUUCAUGUAGAUGAUGAUGUUAAUAAGUAAUUUCGUGAAAUUCAUGCAAUCCUGCGAUCUGAGCUUAAACCUAAGUAACACAUUAAUAACAAUUUUUGUAGCUAUUUGUGCUUUUCCGCUGCUAAAUUAUUCAAAAUAUUUGUAAACUUAUAAUAAUUUUAUGAAUAAAUACAAUUUAGCUUUUAUAGACAGCUAA